CUUGCCUCUCCUGUCGGGCCAAGUAAGCCAGUUCCGUCGACAACAUUCCCCCCCCGUCCUAAAGUGUCCUCAAGUCCUUCCCCCCUUUUCUCUUCUUGCCUCUACAUUUUCCCCGUGAAUUUCCGUCGCCUCUUCUGCCGUAUCUCGUGCACUUGUUGUCGGACCGUCUACCGAACCGUUUACCCUAUUUUCCCUCCUGCCUACUUUUACGGCUCGUGCCCUACUCGAUCGACCAGAAUGAGUCCUCUUCAGUUCCCCAUCGACGCGAUUACCUCGCGCUUCGGUGAUCGGUUCAACAGCGUUCGCUCCCAGUCCUUCAGCACGCGCUUCGCCAAUCUGCGACCGGUCUCUGAGUUCUUCGACAUCAAGCGGGUGUCUAAGCCGGCCAACUUUGGCGAGGUUCAGAGCCGCGUGAACUACAACCUGUCCUACUUCUCCAGCAAUUAUGCUGCCGUUUUUGUGAUGCUCAGCAUCUACAGCUUGCUGACAAACCCUCUACUCCUCUUUGUCAUUAUUCUGGUCACGGGCAGUCUGUACGGAAUUGGAAAGCUCGAGGGUCGCGACCUAGAGCUGGGCUUUGCUCGGUUCAAUACCUCCCAGCUGUACACGGGACUGCUGAUCGUUUCGGUGCCUCUGGGAUUGUGGGCCUCCCCCAUCGCAACUGUGCUCUGGCUGAUCGGAGCCACUGGCGUGUCGGUCUUCGGCCACGCCGCUUUUAUGGAUAAACCAAUUGAGAAUGCUUUUUCCGAGGAGGCGGUCUAGGUGGUCGGCCGCGAACUCCUUACGGUAUGCCCCAAUGGGGAAGACCACCAGGGGCACGAGUGGGGAGACAAACCAGGAGGCGUGCGGUUCCGUGGGAGGAUGGUGCAGUACGGGUUGAGGAGAUUGAUAGCGAGGAGGAAGACGCAUACAUCCGGCGGGAUGCUCGCUCCUUGUAUGCGAGACAACCAACCGGUAUGGAUGGCG